ACACCCCGCCCCUGGGUUAUUCCCCAUGACGUCACUGAAGAUAAUCGCGGAAGUGAACCGACGAAACAGACAGAAACCCAAAUAAGUUGGUGUGUACGCUCGAUUCAUCUAUACAGGUUAUCCAUCAUCAUGCUGGGAGGAGGAUUCAAAGCAGAGAGGCUAAGAGUCAACCUUCGACUGGUCAUCAACCGGCUCAAACUCCUGGAGAAAAAGAAAACUGAGCUUGCUCAGAAAGCCAGGAAGGAGAUUGCAGAUUAUCUGUCAUCGGGUAAGGAUGAGCGGGCAAGGAUCCGGGUGGAGCACAUCAUCAGAGAGGACUAUCUAGUAGAAGCCAUGGAGAUCUUGGAGCUUUACUGUGACUUGCUGUUGACUCGAUUUGGCCUCAUUCAGUCUAUGAAAGAACUAGACCCAGGCUUACAGGAGGCAGUGUCCACCCUCAUCUGGGCAGCUCCACGUCUGCAGUCAGAGGUGUCUGAGCUAAAAACUGUUUCUGAACAGCUAUGUGCAAAAUAUAGCAAGGAAUAUGGCAAGCUAUGCAGGACAAACCAGAUUGGCACAGUCAACGACAGGCUGAUGCACAAACUGAGUGUGGAGGCUCCUCCCAAGAUUUUGGUCGAGCGCUACUUGAUAGAGAUCGCAAAGAACUAUAAUGUCCCCUAUGAACCUGAUGCCAUGGUCCGGCCCGAGGUGUGUCCUGGGGAGGAGGCUGACCUGAUUGAUGUGGACAAUGACAGGAAGUCUGGAGGAGGAGGAGGAGGUGGUGGAGGAUUCACAGCUCCACCAGCUCCUGGAAUCCACAUGCCCAUGCCCAUGCCUAUGGCAAUGCCCAUGCCAUCACCUUUCAACUAUCCACCUGCCAAAGGAGCUGAACCGUUUAACACUGCAAUUGGAACCUACAACAGCUUCCAGCCCCCCAUGGGAGGAGGGCAGCCACCUCAGCUGCCCACUUCUCCCCCUACAUACGAGUCUAUUGACGACAUAACUGACAAACCUUUCGUUCCUUCCCAGGCCACAGGUCCUACUCCUUCAUCUCGGAUUUAUGACAACAACGCUCUCCCAGAACUGCCGUCUGUUCCUGACACACUCCCGACAUCCUCCUUCGGCAGAAGCAACACCACCUCGGAUGACAUCGACUUUGAUGAUUUGACGAGGCGGUUUGAGGACCUGAAGAAGAAGACCUAAAUGCUAUAACCCAAUAUACAGAAACACACAGGCCUGUGUCAUCACCUGCACAGCUCAGAAAUAGGAAAUGUUCAAGGCUCUGAAUCAGAUUUGGGAAGUUCUCCUCCCCCUUCCUCAGUGAAAUAAUUUUACAUAAAUAUUAUUCACAUUUGUAUUCUAUUACCUCAUUUAUAUAGCUAUGACCAGUUGAUGAGAGGCAGUGCUUUUAAGUGCCACACAUUCUCAUUUCUUUCUAUUUGGCACAUUGGAUAAAGUCUUACAAUCAUGUGGGUGUUCACCCUUUCUCACUCCUUAUUUAAAAUCACACUGACUUUUAUCUUCUCCAAUUUGUCUGUGUGAUAAUCAAUAUAAUCACAUUUAAAUUUGAAGUGUUGCUUUUUCCUGAAGGUUUUGGGUCUGACUAAUAUGCCUUUUAUUCUACUUUGCACACACUAAUGCCGCUGCAAAUCUUUUCCACUGUGUCACUCAACCCCAUCUCAAACCAGUCCAACAAGUCCAACAGGCUGUGCCACUUUGGUGGCAAACAAGUUUUUACACAUUGAAGUCACCAUGUAGUUUCAGAGGUGGGGCUCCAACACCCAGCAAGCCCCCCGAUGUACAGGGACAGAGAGAAGCCAUAUUUUCAGUGUUGUGCAGUUUUUGUCACUUUAUGAUGGAUUCUUUAAACACUCAUCAAGCUUCUCAAACUUUUAAGUUGUAUUUAUAUCAGAAAAAUUGUAAGUUUUCAAACCCGUUCUGUUUGAGGGGUGAUGGGACACAUGUAAAGUGACAAAAGUGUAUGGAAAUCUGUAAUAUAAAACAUUUACAGUAAUAUAGACUUAUUUACUCAAAUGAUUUAACUGUACAGGAAAAGGAGUUUGGCAGCAGGAAGUUCAAUAUUUGAAAAGUCUGUUUUAUAUACAGUAUCUCCGAAUAAAGUUGUUUUUUUUUUUUUGCCCUUUUGAAUGUCAGUUUUGCAAAAUACCUGCACUUUUUUUAUGACUCGACAAACUAAUUUACAAUUAAAAUCCCCGCAGACGAAGGCGGCCACACGGCAAACUGAUUUGUUUAGAUGUAAAGUUUGAGUCCAGAGGAAAAAGUCUGUGCUGUCUUCUUUGAUCUUGUGCAUGGGUAUUGUAUUAUAUGUGCACCACUCCAUUUGCCUUAGCUAUCAUUGCUCAUCAGAGGCCUUGGCAGUCUGAACUAGGAUUAAGCAUCUGUUAUCCACCAAGACUGGACACGUUAUGUAUUUUUCAGUUUGUAGUUCAUCUUAUUUGCUUUAAAACCCACAAAUUCUUCUGAGUUUUAAUUUGCUUAAUAAAUGAAAGUUGAGGUAGAUGUUUUUAAUUAUUGCAAUGAGUGUAAUGGAAGGGUUUUUGUUGUUGUUCCUGUAACCUAACCAGACCCGGCUCUGCUUGCGUGGCAAAUGGACGGUGGCCUUGAAUAAUAUGACUCAGUGGUCUCUGGAUGCGCUUUAAAGAGCUUCCCCACCGAGUGAUACAUACAGUUAAUUAAUUGUUUUACAGGAGCUGGAGAAAGUGAGAAGUUAAUUAACGUUACUGAACUGUGAUCUUUUCUAUGUUGGACUGUUCUUUCCUGUUUUAAGAUGCGAACUCAUGUCUUGUUGCAAAAAAUAAGACACCCCCCCCCCCCCACACACACACACACACACACAUAAAAUGUAUACUACAAUAACAAUUU